AUGGAUCCGGCCAGUAGGCGUGCACCGUCUUUAGCAAGCUCACUUCCCUCUGCGACGCUUUCAAGUCAGCAAAAAUCGUGGCUGCUGUCCGCGUCUCUUUGUCACACUUUGGAUAGGGUGAAUGUAUUGGGAGACACUACAAGUGGACACACCGGGUGUGUUAAUGCGCUUUCCUGGGCAAAUAACGGAGAGCUUUUGAUAAGUGGAGGGGACGACACUACUGUACGUCUAUGGCGCAUAGAUCCAAGCGAUUCGUCCAGGGAGUACCCCUUUGUUUGCAAUGCCGUUAUUCACACAGGCCAUCGCGCCAACAUUUUUAAUGCACAAAUGCUUCCUAACUCCUCUCGAAUAGCGACUGUGGCUGGUGAUGGACAAGUGCGGAUAUCUGACGCUGGGUCCGCGGUAGGGCAACCCAGCCUCGGCAACGAAACAGAACUUACCACCCGUCAAGCUAAUAUCCGCAUUUUGCGAUGUCACAGUGGUCGAGUGAAGCGCAUCGUGACUGAGGAGAGCCCGGAUUUAUUUCUGACUGUUUCAGAGGACGGGACGGUUCGCCAGCAUGACCUGCGAGUGUCGCAUGGCUGUCAGUCCGGUUCAUGUCCGACGCCGUUGGUCAGACUUGACCAUGAACUCAGUACACUAGCUUUGUCUCCUCUCACACCCUAUCAAUUCAUAGUUGCAGGAGAGUCCCCAUUUGGAUACCUGUUUGAUAGGCGCCAUGCAGGUCGAUUCCUUGAAGAAGAGUGGGGUAUGGUCCCCAACUCUGACAACGUCACCACAUGCGUUAGACGUUUUGGGAGGGCUGCACAUGGACCGGCUGAAAGAAGAGGCCAUGAACAUAUUACAGGUGCAAAAAUGGCGAGUAGCAAUGGACACGAGGUUCUCCUGUCUUACAGCGGCGAUGCGGUCUACCUGUAUUCCACUCGAGAUGAACCGCAUUCGUCGUCCAAGUCUGGACACGACUCUAUUGUUUCGCCCAACACAAAUGCAAAUCCAGCUCAGAACCCAUCGACCAUCAUCGGUGAGCGGCAUGAGGCUGUCUUGGGCCCCGAUACGGAUGUCCGGAUGGAAGAAGAUAUAGAGCAGCUAUUGACGGAGCAUGGUCUCAUACCUGAUGCGCCUUCAUCGCCAUUAACCGGUCCUGGAGAAGACCAGGAAGACGGAAGCGACGAUGAGGACGAUGUGGCCUACCCAGCAGAUGAGGUGUUCUCAAAUGUACCUAUCAUCCUCCCGCGAGCCCGCUUUGCUGGUGCAUGCAACGUAGAAACUGUGAAAGAUGUGAAUUUUCUAGGUCCUCGGGAUGACUUUGUAACCUCCGGUUCAGAUGAUGGAAAUUUCUUCGUAUGGUGCAAAAGCACAGGAAAAAUCCACGACAUCCUAGAAGGCGACGGCAGUGUUGUGAACGUGGUCGAGGGUCAUCCCUACCUUCCGUUACUUGCAGUGAGUGGGAUUGACACAACCGUGAAGUUGUUCGCCCCCGCACAUGGUCGUAGUGCUUUUUCCCGCAUGGAAAAGCACGACGAUAUUGUUCGACGCAACACCGAAGCCUCAUCGAGACGAUUGGACCUCUCCAGUCUAUUCCUACAGUACGCAAUUGCCCGCAGAGUUGCAGAAGGCAACACUGGGAACGAAAAUGCGACCCAGUGCACAUAUCAAUGA